UAGGUCUUCUAGGUCUUUUUGUUUGUUCACUUCUCUAAUAUAAUAUAAGCCAUAGCCAUCCUAGCUCAAUAAACGCCUCUCAUUGAUCAAAUCCAUGACUUACCAAUUUCUUGAUGUUGGUUAAUGAUGUUACUAGUUUUUAGCUUAGACAAUUGAGGUACAGCUGGUUGGUCGUUAAUGUGUCAGUUUAAUUCAGGACGAUUGAGGUAUAGUUGAUUGAUCGUUAACGUGACAGUUUAAUUCUGGGAUAAUUGAGGUAUAGUUGAUUGAUCUUUAAUGUGUCAGUUUAAUCUGGGACAGUUGAGGCACAGUUGAUUGAUCUUGAGCGUAUGGAGCCUCUGUGCGAGGUAUGUGGGGUGGACAGGGCAGUGGUAUACUGUAAAUCAGAUGCAGCUAAACUUUGCUUGCAUUGUGAUGGAAAUGUGCAUUCAGCAAAUUGUUUAUCUCGAAAGCACACUCGUUCGCUUAUUUGUGGCAACUGCAGUUCAGAGCCUGCAAUUGUGCGUUGCACAAAUAACCAAAUGUGCCUAUGUGAAAACUGCGAUUCGAGCGAAAAUGAGUCAGGCCAUCAACACCAGAAGUUGGAUUCUUAUAGUGGCUGUCCUUCUCCAGCUGAGUUAAUGACAAAGAUUUUGUCUGUAGCUUUUGAUGAUCAAAGGGCUAAUAAUGAUAAUAAUGUUACAAAUCCUAGCAGCUUUCAUACUUCUAGCUCAUUGAGUGUCAAUGAGAAUAAUAGUUCAGUGGUGGCUAGUAGACUCAAUGAGUUAGCUUCUUGUAUGAAGUUUGAACCAUGGACCAUUCCAACUCCAGCAAUUCCUUUAAGCCCAACAUUCAUGACAAGUUACAACACAGAUCAAACACCUUUCUUCUCAGAGGGAUCUAACAUCACUAAGCAAAGUAGUAGCACUAUUAAAGAUCUUGGAGUUCAUGGAGGUGAUGAUAUCGCGAAAGGUGUUGAUUUGGACGAAUUGAGUUCCGAUUCUAGUUACAAGAUUUUUAGCAGCUUACAACAAAGUCAUUCAAGUUAUCAUAGUGAAGAGCGGGGAUUGGAUUGCCUAGUCUUGGAGAAAAAAUUAUCUGCCACUGGCUCUAAUAGUCAUGUUGAAACUGCUCUAGAGGCAUCAUCUGGACAGCAUGAAUGCAUUGGAUUUCAGUCUUCACAAGAGGCUGGAGGUGCUAGUUCCGAAAAAUUGCUGCAGACAGUGAGUGCCACUGCUAAUUUCAUGCUUAUGAAUCCCAGUUGCAACAGAAAUAUCGGCUUAACAUUUCCACCAGCACCAGUUCAUUCAAGGUCGUUGUCACUCUCCAACAUCACCGGAGAAAGUAGUGCAGGAACCGACUAUCAAGAUUGCGGAUUGUCACCACUCUUUUUGACAGAUGAAUCGCCAUGGGGUUGGCCAUCAAAAACUAGUAGUCUACGGGCAAGGAAUGAAGCUAAGAUGCGAUAUAAUGAAAAAAAGAAAACCAGAACGUUCAAUAAGCAAAUAAGAUAUGCUUCGCGUAAGGCCAGGGCAGAUACCAGAAGACGCGUUAAAGGCAGAUUUGUUAAGGCUGGGGAAGCUUAUGAUUAUGAUCCAUUAGGAACAACGGAUAUGUGAGAAGUUGAGCCUUGGAGCAACGAUCAAGUUGUUUCCACGUGACUUAUUCACGGGUUCGAUCGACUCAUGUAAUCACCCAAUAAUGCUUUCAUCAGGGUCAACUAUCUAUAUUAUAUACCCUUGGAGCAACAAUAAAGUUGUCUCUGUGCGCCGAGCUACGAUUUUUUUUAAAUUAGUAAUAAGGGAUAAAUAAGUGAGCUAAGAAAGCUAAUUUUGGCCCCUUCUACAUUGUCAGAACUUGUCUAAUUGUUAAGGUAUCUCAGUACAAAGAUACUUGAACCAUCAAAUUCCUUUAUGACUAGUCGGAAAAGUUUAUGCUCUAGUGCUAGAGCUAAAAAAAUUGUCAUGUUGACUGUGUCUCUCAA